CACGCGAUGUACCCGCUCCCAUUUUUUCUCCUGCUGUGGAUCCUUAGCCUCGGCUUCGUGGUUAAUUGUUUGCAGUUGAGCAACUGCAAUCGCACCGAGGUGACCUUGAUCCGGGAUACGGAGCUCCUGACUUCACUCACCUUGAGCAACUGCAGCUUGCCACAUCUGGAAAAUGCCUUUUUUGUGCGAUUUGACCAUCUGCUCCGUUUGGAGUUGCAAUUUAGCGGACUUACGGAUUUGGAUGACUUUUCACUAAAUGGUCUGACCAAACUGCAAUCUCUGUCGCUUUCUCACAACAAUUUGAGUUCGCUGAGGCCGUGGUCAAACGAACCCUUGGGAGCCCUCAUAAACUUGGAUCUAAGUUACAACAAAUUAAACAAACUGAAGGCCAAGAGUUUUGAACUAUAUCCUCAGCUGCAGCAACUCGAUUUGCGAAAUAAUAAAAUCAGUGAAAUUGAAGAUGACUCCUUUUUGGGAUUAUCACAUUUAAAACAUCUUCACCUGAGUGGAAAUCAACUGCAGCACAUUGAUGGAAAUUAUUUUCACGGUCUUCAUCGCCUCUCCAGUCUAUCUCUUCAGCAUAAUCUAAUUGAAGGUAUAGAAAAUACAUCCUUUGAAAGUAAUACCCAUCUUCGAAGUCUACGACUGGAUCAAAAUAUUUUGAGUAGCUUGGAAUUUCUUAGUCAACGAGGUCUUGCUCGAUUGGUUCACUUAAACCUAUCAAAUAAUGUAGUGCAAAAACUGGAGCCACUUGUAUUUUCUAAAAACUUUGAACUUCAGGACCUGGACUUGAGUUUUAAUAAUUUAACUGAGAUUAAUAAGGAGACUUUAUUGGGACUGGAUUCAUUGGAGCGUCUCAACAUAAGCAAUAACUAUUUGCAAAUAAUGGAUGUUGAUAGUCUGGAAUCUCUUCUCGGCCUUCUUAGAAUUGAUUUAAGUCAUAAUCGACUGACAGCGAUUCCAGAGACUCUUUUUCAUGCCAACACUCAGCUUGAGGAUAUUAUACUGUCCGAUAAUCAAAUCGGGCAGUUGUCGCCACAACUGUUGCACAACCAAAACCAUUUGCGAUACAUAAAAUUGGCCGGAAAUGCACUUGGCAAUGCUGAUUUCCUCCAAAGACUAUCUCCAUCCCUCAAUAGUCUUUCCCUUUACGUGGACAUCAGCUCGAAUCGUCUAAAAUCUGUUAAUCUGAGCAGUCUUCUCCGUUUUCGUUAUAUAAAUCUGGCAGAUAACAAAUGGAACUGCGCUUGGUUGGUAUCGAAUUUGGUGCGAAAACUUCCGAGGUCUAUUAAUUUUGCCCGUUCCUGGAAUGUUAUUAAUAAUUGGAGUGAAAACAUUACAAAUAUCAAGGGUGUGGAUUGCACAGAAGGUGAAAGUAAACGUUCUAUUAUUCUUCUGGAUGUGAGUACGGUUCCCAAAGAAAAGACACAAAAUUGUGAAUGUGGGGAAAACUACGAUGAGUUUAACCCUUCGCCACCUCCUCUAACUUGGCCCAAGAUACCAACGGACCGCUUUGAUUCGAGAUCAGUGAUAAUCUGGAUGCUGGUGGCCAUUGCAUUAGCUUUUGCAGGACUUCGUUGGCUGCGACGAUUCGUGGAUCGCAAUGAGAAACGUAAACAGGGAAAAAAGCAGCUAAAUAAUGUGUACGUCAGCAAAGUUCAGUGGCAGCCUGUCAGAAACGAUCAAGAGAGAUCGUAGCCCACUCUAAAAAUAAAAUGCAUCGAUUUAGUAAACACAUAUAUUCGAUUCAGAAUGCCUUAAAAAAUAAGAGAAUUGUUUGUCAAUAAUGAUUACAAUGUAAACUUUGAGCAAUAAAAUCUAAACCUAGGCUAAGAA